GUUGAUAGAAUACCAUUAUGGAACGAAAACGACAACGAUCACCAUCGCCAAGUCCAUUAUCAGAACUUGAAAUAAGUGACGACACAGUUCUUCGUAAUGCCAAUGCUAGGUUCAAAUGUCCAGAUUGCGAUAAACCUGUCAAGUACUUUUGCUAUCGUUGUUAUAAUGUCGUUGGCAUGGAUCGGUCUGAAGUUCCUUUGGUCAAACUUCCUGUACAUUUGGAUGUGAUCAAGCAUGAAAAGGAACUCGAUGGCAAAUCAACGGCUGUCCAUGCACGAGUACUUGCUCCCGAAUCUGUUAGUCUAUAUGGUUACAAUGAUAUCCCUACAUAUGAACAUCCUGAACGUACAUUACUUUUAUUCCCUGGUCCAAAUGCAAAAACCUUACAAGAGAUUCCUCGAGAUUCAUUUGAUCGUAUUGUUGUGUUGGAUGGGACUUGGCGACAGGCAACAAAGAUGGCACGGGAAACACCUCAAUUGGAUGGUUUACAACAAAUCACCAUUGCACCUCGAAAGACACAGUUUUGGCGAUUCCAACAAAUGAGUGAUCAUCACCUGGCCACCAUUGAAGCGAUUUACUAUACCUAUCGGGAAUAUGCCGAAGCUUAUGAAGAAGGUCCUUAUCAUGGCCAAUACGAUAACUUGAUGUUUUACUAUCGCUUCUUUUACAACUUGAUUCAGGAUCAGUACAAGCAAAACAAGGCAAGAACCUUCAGCCAUCGCCAUCGAAAGAACUAUAUCAAAUAUGACGAAGGUCAAGAUGAUGACAAGAACAAACUUGAAAAUGAACAAGUGGAUGCUAGUCAUUAAUUUAGAGUUUUGUAGAUAAUGUUUUUCUUUAUAUAUAUAUAUAUUAUAUGUUCCUUUCAAUCAAUGAUUAUUUAGAAUAGUGUUCCUCUCCUCCAAUACUUGUUACAAACCCAUCCAAUAUAAUAAUAAUAAUAAAAA